GUCAGUUCAUGAAAUGUUGUCUUCUUCUUUUUCAGGAUACGGUUACGUGGUUCGCUAGUCGUGUCAUUUGCUUUAAUUGACAACAAGAAGUCACGAUCUACAUUUGUAGGCCUACGGCCGGGUUACAAAAUGGAUGAACUUAUGGAGCCAUUCUACCUCCAACACAGCAGUUGGAUGAAACGACCACACCUACAAACAGUACCUUUGCUUGUUACAUUUCUGCUGUGUAUCGUCACAACAACUUGGGGAGAUGAUUUGAACAAUGUCGGCGGUGAUAUAGCGGAAAAAGUAUUGAAUGAAGUUUUGGGUGACAAUGAUGUGAAGUUAUUGGAUACUGACAACAAGUCGUAUGGAGACGGUGUUCCGUGCUGGAAGACAGAAACCUUUACCACACAAGGCCCUUGCCUGGCCUGUGACAAAAUAGCUAUGCAAUAUGCGAGUUACUGCUGUGGUGAAACGGGAUUCCGUCAACUUGUUCAAUGUCAAGCAUCUAAUUUUAGAAUUUAUAAAAGUUGUCCCAAGACCAAGUGGGCCUUGGAGAAGAGUUUCUGGACAUUUGAGGGAAUUAUUCUAGCGAUAUGGAUCGUGUCUUUCCUCGUUGUUUCCCUUCGGAGGCGGUUCUUGGAUUGGGAGGCUCUUCAAAGAGUAAGAAAACAAAUCGCAAACUCUGUCUGAUAGAUCGAUCAGACCAAGAGACUAAGAAAUACUAUAAUUUGAACUAACUACAAGUAGCCGACUCAAAUUGAAGGGAUUUCUUCAAAGAGUUAGGAAACAAAUAGCAAACUCUGUCUGAUAGACAACAAAUAAAGGAGAGCGUUAGUGGACUAAGACAACCUACUUUAUGAACUACAAGUAGCUGAUUCGAAUUGAAGGGAUGGAUCGAGCCUGAACAUCUGAAGUCACACUUUGAGGCUCGUGAGUAGCGCCAGAUACCACCAGCCUUGAGCAUCUGGCGGGAUCCUGCCAGAUUAACCUUUGACCUUGCAUCCCCACACGUUACAAACAUUGUACACACGCAGCAGAUAAUGCAUGCAUGCAUUUCAAAUAUUUAGAUUUUGGAAAAUUUGUGAAAUAUAAAUUAAACAUAUUUUGUUUCAUGACAAGUUCUAAAAUGGAUUAUUUUCUCAGGGUGAAUCCGAAUUUCAAUAACUAAAACACACGUAUGCAAGUCUGGAAUUUCAUCUACAGGCGGCCAAGGCCAAAAUAGGAAAAAUUCCCAUAGGAAAAUCUCAACUUCUGUGGGAGGCUUUGGCCUCAGUACAGAAACAAGUUAGUGGGGGCUCACUUAAAUACCCAGCCGUCGAUUUCACAAAACUCUUCCCAACUUAAGACUAAUCUUAGGACUUAGGACGAGUCCCAACCCUGC